AUGAUGUUGAUUGUUCUAUUACUACAAGUUUCACUGGUUAACUGCGUCAAUAUCACCGAAAACACGUUAAGAAUUAAAUCUUUGAUAAUGAAAUACAAGAAUAAUCGCGUUCACAGAAGUCCUAUGACAUCCUUGGAUGGGUUUGUGCAAGAUGCCCUAAUGUUCUUCGACAGAACUGAAAGGUUUAAGGAUGUAUUGAAUGUGUAUAAUUAUAGUGAGUGCGUUGGAGAUGAAGGGUUGAUGGAGAAGCAUGUUUUGAAAGGUCUUAUCAUUCACGAGCAUUUGCCGCGAAGGCAUUGGCACGAGUAUAAGGCGAUUCACAAUAAAUUGUAUUCAUCUACGCACCACGAGAUGGCAGCGCUAAUUAAAUGGCGGCAGAACUUGAGACGGGUUGCGAGGCACAACAGAGAGUACUUAGCGGGAAUACAGUCGUACUCAUUACAUUUGAAUCAUUUUGGAGAUAUGCACGUCACAGAGUACUUCGGGAAAGUUUUGAAGCUGAUCAAAGCAUUCCCGCUCUUCGAUCCAGCUGAAGACCACCACAAGACCGCGUAUAGGCAUAACAGACGUUGCAAAGUGCCGAAGCGGAUAGAUUGGCGGGACCAAGGUUUCAAGCCGAGACGAGAGGAGCAAUGGCAAUGUGGUGCUUGUUAUGCCUUUGCCGUAACCCAUGCUUUGCAGGCUCAGCUAUACAAGAGACACGGCGAGUGGAAUGAGCUCAGUCCUCAACAAAUCGUGGACUGCAGCAUUAAAGACGGCAAUAUGGGAUGCGACGGAGGAUCCUUGAGGGGAGCCCUACGUUAUGCAGCCAGAGAGGGCCUGGUUAUGGAGUCCCAUUAUCCGUAUGUUGGAAAGAAAGGAUACUGCAGAUACGAUAGCAAUUUGGUGCGCGCCAGACCGCGGCGUUGGGCCACACUUCCUUCAGGCGAUGAAGAAGCAAUGGAGAAGGCCUUAGCUACUGUGGGUCCUCUAGCUGUCGCCGUUAACGCUGCCCCAUUCACUUUUCAGCUUUACAGAAGCGGCGUUUACGAUGACCCCUUUUGCGUGUCGUGGCAUCUGAAUCAUGCUAUGUUAUUGAUCGGAUAUACUCAAGAUUAUUGGAUACUGCUCAACUGGUGGGGCAGAAAUUGGGGUGAAGAUGGAUACAUGAGAAUACGAAGAGGCUUAAACCGAUGUGGCGUCGCCAACAUGGCAACCUAUGUAGAAUUGUAA